AUGAUAACAACAUCAACAAUAUCAACAGCUGUUGAUGUUACGCUUAAUUUGGUUAUUCCGGAUGAAACAAGUACCACAAUGGAACGGAAUAAACCGGAAAAGCACAAUGAGCAAUUCUUAUUUAUUGAUGAAAAUGAUAAGAAUGAAUUACAAUUGAGUAAUGAAUCAACAAUACCGGAUUGGACUGAAGUUAUGCAAAUAUCGGAAACAGUUAUUGAUAAUAAUAAUAGGUAUAAUAAAUCGGAUGAUGAAAGUUCAAAGAAAUCUGCAAAAAUGACAACAUCAUCGGAUGCAUCAACAUUUGAUUUUACAAAAAUUGAAACUUUAUUUUCAAACUCAACGGCAACAUCCAGUACUGAUAAGGCUGAAUGCGAUGAGAUAAAUGCAAAAGAUGAUGAUGAUAAUGAUAAUGAUAAUGAUAAUGAUAAUGGUAAUAGAGAGGAAAGCAAUGUAUCAAAAGAAAAGAUUAAUGCACUGAAAAGUUUGAAAAUCAAAGAUUUGGUAUUUGGAAGUAUUGUUGUAACUGAAAAGGAUAUAUAUUCAUUGAAUGGUGCCUUAUGCGAUAAGAAAAAAUCAUCAUCAUUAUAUGAUGAGAAAUCAAUAAAAAAUCGAUAUUUAAAUCGAUAUGAUCAGAAUAGUGGUAAAGAGAAAAAGCGAAAAAUUAAAGAAAUUAAUUCACGUGGUUCUUCAAUAAGUCCAUCAUUUCAACGAUCACUUACGCCAUCGCUUGAUCCAAAAUUAUUGAAACAAUUUGAGGAAGAAGAUCGUCCCAAACGUGUACUACGUUCGUCUACUAUUGCAUCAACUAAUAAAAUAUUUCCAAUAAUGGGAAAUGUUUUAUAUUCAACACAACUAAAUGAGGAAGUGAAACAAAAUCGAUCACAAUCGAAGGAUAUUAAUAAAAAAACUGAAUUACAUAGCAAACGUUUAAGGACUGAAAUAGAUGGAUUAUUGGAUAAUGAAUUGAUGGUGACAUUCGAUGAUCUGAGAAAUACGUCAGUACGACCACGUCAUUGGUCAGGAGCAAGUAGUAGUCAUGCUAGUACUUCCAGUGGUUCAAAUGAAUUUACCGUGAUAACAAAAAUGAGGAAAAGACGUGACUCAUCAUCACGAAAUCGAAGAAAUAAUUUUAAUUCAAAUUGGAAAUUAAUUGGUUUACCAUAUGAAAGUUCCGUCUACAUUGAUUAUUUCUUCCAUGAAAAUCAAUCGAUCAAACAAAUUUGCUAUCCACAAGCUGUACAUUCCAAGACCGGUGAUCUCUUGAGACUUCGUGAUUCUGUACGAGUAAAUUCCAUUGAUGGUGAACCAAAUUUUGCAUGUAUUUGUCGCUUAUUCAAUGAUUCAAAAACGGGAAUGCCUUUGGCAUCAGUAUUGUGGUACUAUACCCCGAUGCAAGUUAAAGCUGAUAAUUCAUUAAUUCCACCGGUAUUUGAACGGGAAUUACUUGCUUCAAAGCAUAUGGAUAUUAUACCGCUUGAUACAGUGGAUGAAAUUGUAUGGGUACUAACGUAUAAUGAAUAUGGCCGGUUUAUGGCUGAAACAAGAAAUGAUACAUAUCCACUUGCGCAACGUGUAAGUGAGGUAGAUCUAUUAUGGAAGAAAGGUGAAGAUGAUUAUCCACGACGGAUCUAUCUUCCACGUGAUGAUACACCACUUGAAUUGGUCUAUUUUUGCCGUCGUAUCUAUGAUUGCAAACAACAAAAAGUUGAAACAAAAAAGUUGGCGGAAAAAAAUAAUCAAAUGAAGCGUCUUCGUCGUCAUCCGUGGAAAUAUCGAACAAAAAAACACCGCUGA